AUGAGCGCACUUCAGCAAGUGGUUCAAGGUAAGAUCCUGAUCCUGACAAUCUGCGCAGCUGGGAUUGGCGGCACUUUUCAGUAUGGCUACAAUCUCACCAUCAUCAACGCCCCCACUGUGUUCAUCCAGUCCUUUAUUAAUGAAACCUGGCUGGAUCGCACUGGAGCUGCCUUGGAGGGAAAGAUGAUCACGCUGGUCUGGUCCUUCAUUGUUUCCGUGUAUCCCUUGGGGGGCCUGGUUGGUGCACUAAUUGCUGCUCCCAUGGCUGUGAAGAUGGGCAGGAAGAAAUCUUUACUGCUGAAUAACGCAUUUGUGGCCCUCGCUGCGCUGUUGGUGGGGUUCAGCCGGCUGGCGAAAUCUUUUGAAAUGAUCUUGCUGAGCAGAUUUUUUGCUGGCAUCAAUUCCGGAGUGGCCAUGAGCAUCCAGCCCAUGUAUUUGGGGGAGAGCGCACCCAAGGAGCUCCGGGGAGCUGUGGCCAUGACUUCAGCAUCUUUCACAGCCCUCGGCCUUGUGCUUGGCCAGGUGGCCGGACUCAGGGAAAUCUUGGGAGCAGAAGAGAGCUGGCCUAUCCUUCUAGCCAGUAAUGUGGUGCCUGGGUUGAUCCAGUUGAUGCUUCUGCCCUGGGCUCCAGAAAGCCCCCGCUACCUCUUGAUCGACCGAGGAGAUCAAGAUUCAUGCAUCGCUGCUUUACAGCAACUGAGGGGCAGCGAGGACCUGAGCGGCGAGAUGAAAGAAAUCCUGGCGGAGCAGGCAGCCCUCCAGGGACAGGCAGCCAAGGCACCCUGGGAGCUCUGGAGGAACCGGGCUGUGCGGUGGCAGUUUAUCACCGUGGUGGUGCUCAGCAGCGCCAUGCAGCUCUGUGGCAAUGAUUCCAUGUACUUCUACGCUUCGUCUGUUUUCCAAGAGGCAGGGAUUCCGUAUGACAAGAUCCAGUACAGCGUGAUUGGCACCGGGAGUUGUGAGCUCAUCAUGUCCAUGACUUGCAAUCUCCUCAUCGAGUGCGUUGGGCGACGGGUGCUGCUCAUAGGGGGGUACAGCCUCAUGGCCACCUGGGCCAUCCUGUUCAUGGUAGCAUUGUCUCUACAGGACCAACUCAACUGGAUGCCUUAUCUUAGCAUGGCCUGCAUCUUUGCCUACAUCCUGAGCUUUGGCAUCGGACCAGCUGGCGUGACAGGAAUUAUACCCACGGAGAUUUUUGAUCAGGUCUCCCGCCCGGCUGCUUACACAAUCAGUGGUUCUCUGCUCUGGAUCAAUUUAUUUCUGGUGGGCCUGGCAUUCCCUUUUGUGAUGGAAAGCCUUGGCUAUUACUGCUACCUGCCCUUCUUCACGGUCUGUGUUGGAACCGCUCUCUAUGCCUGGUUUUUCCUCCCGGAGACGAAAGGAAAGAGCUUCCUAGAAAUCUCCGAAGAGUUUGUGAAGCGUAACUUUGGAGAUCGGCCCCGUGACAACGCUUGGGUGUGUCCUGAGGAAAUCAUAUCCACUAAGUUGUAG